GCCAAUUUCGGUCGCACACGGUGUCACAUUCCAAAAAAACGAGACCAAAACAGAAGAUGGAAGGCCUUGGAGGACCGGUAGAUCUGGAACGAUAUUCUGCCGAUGGAAUCGAUCCUUCACUCGAAGAUUGUUGUCGGCGUGAGGUACGGCGAUGAUAUGGCUGUGUGUAAUGUUUCGAAAAACCACUUGGGCGUUCGAGAGGGAUUGCACCACACAGCAGCAGUUCUUUUCCGACGUCUCGUGUUGAAAUCUAUCCCCUCAACUUAUUUGUAUGCCUUGUGUGCCCCUUAGGUAGUCGGCAAUCGACGACACAAUGCUCUCACAACGACCCUUCGGCGACACGAUGUGGCGGCUCUCGCGGAACGCCGUCGUCGGCACCUGGUAUCGAUGCCCAACAAUGCCGACGACGAAGCCUGCCGGUGUUCCUGCGACCCUAACAGCGACGGGGGCGAGUACAAAGCCCUGACGGAAUUCAAAGAGCGAAAGCAACGAGAACAUAGCGUAUCAGAACAAUACGAGGAGGAACAGCAGGAGCAGAUUGCUCGGGAAGAGGCGGCUUACGAACGAAAAGCGGCUGUUGGGUCUGGCAACGACGACAGCGACAGCGACGACGAGUUUGACUAUCUCCUCGACGAGGAUUUCGGGGUGGAAGACGAAACAAUCCGACUCCUAGAGGAAGAAAGGCGAGCAGAGCUGGAAUAUCAGGUGCUGGUGCGCCAGGUGGCCGGGCACCACGGAUACGGCGUGCACCGGCAGCUGCAUCCCACCCGUGUGCUAAGGAUCGGUGGGCUGGGCAGGGACGCGGCCAAGAGCAAGGGGGUCCCGCCGCCCCCACAAGCGGUGGUGUUGCACCUGGUAGACCCGGAAUCCAUCACCAGCGCAUCCCUGGACUACUACAUCGAAAAAGAGCUCGCGCCGCAGUGCCCCGGCACCAUGUUCCUGAGAAGCGGGGGCCGAUCGGUCCUCUCUAUGGAUUCGGACCUGGCUCGGAAAUCGCUGCCCCCCAACGUUCUCAACCCCGACCGGGACCUGCCGGCACUGGUAGCGAUCCGCGAUGGCGUUGCGAUCCACGCAUGCCCCCGGUUGCUCGGUCUCGGCGCGGAGGGCGGGGAGAUCGAACCGGGCGCCGUGCGGCACUGGCUGGAUCGCGCGCGCGUCCUGCGGACCGAUCCGCCGUCGGACGACGUCUGCCUGAUCCGCCCGGAGGAAGAAGCCCACAUGGACUUUAUGCUUUCCCAGGCGCAGCCGCCGGCGCCGGCGGCCCGUGAAGAGGAGGAGGACCACUACAAUUGCGGCGUGGAGGGCUGCCACAAGUACUUCCGGCACGAGCACGUCGGUGUGAAAACGGAGGAGCAGAGUGGGCUAGUGGUGAAGGAAGACAAAAUACUGGGGAUGGGGGACUUUGAGUAUUGCCAGUUUUUAGAAGAAUAACGGCAAGGAAUCUUUGAAAUAAUUAUCGAAGGAGCGU